AUGAAAAGUUCAAGACAAAAAGAUAAAAUUUAUUUACUUGGUUUUGUGACCCACCAAAUUACUGGUGGCAAAUUACCAUCAAAUCGUCAAGUGUUACGUAGUUUGUUUUAUAAUAUCCGUGAAGUAAAGCUGAAUAUAAAAGAUGCGGCUAGGUUAACGAUAAAAGAAGUUUUUAUUUUCUGGGAGAAAGCAAGGAUACAAACAAAACAUUUGAAAGACUCUGUUGCUAAGCUGGAAAAACUUCAUGAAGAAUGGAGAAAACUACAAAAAAAUUUUAACAGAACUGGACCAGCUCAGAUAGAGAAAGAAAAACUUUUUAAGGCCAUACUUGAUGACCUAUUUGACAUAGCUCAUCAAGAUGCACUCCAGACUGCAACAGACAGACUGUUUUUGCUUAAGCAGAGAAAAAAGGGGCGCCCAGGUGUCAUGGGAGGAGUUGAUUUAAAGUGUGUAAAAGCUGAAGAGCGUCGGCAAAAAAGAAAUGCUUCGGAAAUGGCGAGGUUAACAAAAUUUAGGACAAGUUUAGAAUUAGAAGAGCUUAAAUCGUUAGGCAGCAGCACGUCAGAUGAAGAUGAAAUUGAAGAUAAUGAUCAACGCACAGAUGAGGUAGAUAUGGUGACACUAAAUUAUGGGCCUGAAAAAAAGAUGAAAAAAUACACUAGAGGUACUGAAGAAAUUGUUAAUGAGAAGUUAUCUCUAAUAUUGGAUAGGUGUGCUAUUUCAGACAGAGACGAAGCUAGAAUAAUAUCAGCUACAAUUGAAUCUCUUGGCCAUGAUUCUCAGCAAUAUAUUGUAAGUAGGAGUGUCAUCCGCUUGCGCCGGCAAGAAUUUAGAAAAGAAAGAGCAUAA